GCGCCGGGACGUGCGCAGGCGCAGGGAGAACUCGGGCACUGAUGGAGGAAAUGGACAUCGUCUCCGAGUUCCCCCAGCCUUCGGGUGCUGCUCGCUCGGCCGAGGUUAUGGCUCGCUUCGCGGCCCGGCUAGGCGCACAGGGCCGGCGGGUGGUGUUGGUCACUUCAGGCGGCACCAAGGUCCCUCUGGAAGCGCGGCCAGUGCGCUUUCUGGACAACUUCAGCAGCGGACGGCGCGGUGCAAUUUCAGCCGAGGCCUUCCUGGCUGCAGGCUACGGGGUCCUGUUCUUGUACCGCGCUCGUUCCUGUUUCCCCUUUGCCCACCGCUUCCCGCCUCAGACCUGGCUGUCGGCCCUGCGGCCUUCUGGCCCAGCUAAGUCGGGCGUGCUGAGCCUGGAGGCCGAGGAGAAUGCACUCCCGGGCUUCGCUGCGGCUUUGCGGAGCUACCAAGAAGCAGCGGCUGCCGGCACCUUCCUGGCUGUAGAGUUCUCCACUUUGGCAGACUAUUUGCAUCUGCUGAAGGCUGCUGCCCAAGCGCUCAGUCCACUAGGGCCUUCUGCGAUGUUUUACCUGGCUGCGGCCGUGUCAGAUUUCUAUGUUCCUGUCUCUGAAAUGCCUGAACACAAGAUCCAGUCAUCUGGGGGCCCACUGCAGAUAACAAUGAAGAUGGUGCCAAAAAUGCUUUAUCCUUUGGUUAAAGAUUGGGCUCCCAAAGCCUUUAUAAUUUCCUUUAAGUUGGAGACCGACCCCUCCAUCAUAAUUAAUCGUGCUCGGAAUGCUUUGGAAGUUUAUCAACAUCAACUGGUGGUAGCUAAUAUCCUUGAGUCAAUACAUUCCUUUGUUAUUAUUGUUACCAAAGACUCAGAAACCAAGUUAUUGCUAUCAGAGGAAGAUGUAGAAAAAGGUGUAGAGAUAGAAAAGAAGAUAGUGGAGAAUCUUCAGUCUCGACACAAAGCUUUUAUAUGUGACAAAAACUGAACUAAAAAAAGUUUUAUAGGAUCAAAAAUUGUUCAGUGGACCAGGGCUCUUACAAAUGGCAAGAACUAGAAUAAAUUAUUUGCUUUUAUAAGAACAAAGAAAAAAAGGAAGGUAAAAAUUGUGGUAUGCAGACAAUAUGGGCUGGCUUUUGCCUCUUAAUGACUGAACCACCUGACACACUGACCUGAAAUGUUAUCUUGACUUGGAAAUUGAACACUAGAGCUUUGCCUUGACUUUUUAAAAAGCCAAGAAAUAAACAGCUUUUAAAAAAGAGAUCCUGAUAAUCUCUUUUAAAGUGUGAAAUCACUAAUAUAAUUUGGGAAUUAUAUAUUCUGCAAAAUGUACAUGAAAAGUAGCUGAAUGCUGAAUAUCCAUCUACUUCAUACUGUAGAAGGGGGAUUAUGGAUGCAUACAUAAGUGGUCAUGUUUUCAAAAUCAAGUAUUUGAGUGCCUACUCUGUGCAGGCCCUGUGCUGAGCUAUGAGGAUUAAAAAGAUGAAUAAAUAUGUUUUGCUGGGGAAAUGGACAUAUAAAAAAUUAAGUGCAAUAAAAUGUGUGCCCACAAACCAACACAUGGGAAGGGUGUUGUUUUUUGGAAACUUAACAAAAGAUGUGCGUAGAAGCAAAAGAUACCUCCCUCAAUCUUUUUUCUUUUCCUAGAUUUACUUCAUAUUUGAAUAAAAAUUUACCUUUCAAAUA